CUGGACCUCACUACUCCUCAUGUCCCUCCACGAGUGCAUGGACAACGGGGCAAGUCAAGUUUCCAACCCACCUUCUACGUGAAUGGGUAGAAACUGCGGCAGCUCUCCCUCCAGCAUGUCUCCAGCGGUUAUAUCAGCCCCUCAUCCCCUCGAGGUUAAGAAAUACAAGCACUCGUCCCUGUUAAUAUAUCGAAAUCAUUGACAUAAAGAACCCUCAACUUCGAGAGCGAGCACCGCAUCAACCAGAGUGAUGGCACAGUCCUUCUUGCUUCUCUUCGAAGACUCUCAGACAAAUCGCCUGACUGCAGAUAUCUUCCCAGUUCCGUUUGACUCGGACCCACGGGCUCAUAUCAAUACCAUGCGUACUAAGCUCUUUGAGAGCACCAGUAAGGGCAGACGCUUCUUCAACAAAUACGUCUUGCUACAGAAGCCUUCGGCGUGGGUCGCCACGCUGCGACCUGCCACGGUGCGUGAUCUCACGGCAAUCACUCAUUUGAGAGCGUUGAUCAAGGAUACCACCUUUGAUGAGGCCCUGUCAGAGGCCCUCAACGAUCCAGAUUCGUCAGGCCACGCCUUCUACAAACACAUGUAUGGCCUCUACAAGGACGUCAUUUUUGACUUUGACGAGAAAAAUAAUACCAUAGCUUUGCCGCAGGAGGCUUUAUUAGUCCGAUAUUACACGUCGUCAAGAGUAAAACGCGCCGUGGCAGGCAUUGGAUCGGCAGCUGUUUCCUUGGUUGUCACGGUCAUCGGCGGGGAAAUGUAUUGA